GCCAUUCAUAUUAUUAUAAUUAUCAAUCACUUCAGUUAAUAUAUAUAUAUAUAUAUGUGUAUUUAGGUAUAUGACCGGAGGGAAAGAACAAUCCAUAAACAAUAUUGAACCAAAUUCCUCCCAGCCCCAACAUGUGAAUAAAGUCCCAAUAAUCCGUCAGUAUCGACCAUUUUACCAACAUCCAUCCAUCCCAAGCAAGGUAUCAUUGCCUCGGAGGCAGCCACUAUACUUGACCGCAGCCCUUUUCUCUUUCUUCCAAACUUAGUGAUUUUGUUUCCCAUCUAUUAUUCUCAGUCUCCCCAUGGCUCCACUCCUCACCACUCUCCUUACUCUACUACUAAUCCAGUACACCUUUCUCCCACAAGCUCAUGGCUAUGGCGGCCAUGCCAAAACCUGCAGAUCCUACUGCGGAAACAUCACCAUCGACUACCCAUUUGGCCUCCAACCAGGCUGCGGCCACCCUGCUUUCCGUGACCUCCUCUUCUGCUUUAACGACGUUCUGAUGUUCCACAUAAGCUCGGGAUCCUACAGGGUGUUGAACGUAGAUUAUGCCUACCAGGCUCUGACGCUGCACGAACCCCACUUGUCGACCUGCAAGUCAGUGUCGCUGGGCGGCCGCGGCAACGGCUUCGUAGUGGAGCCUUGGCGGAGGCCUUACUUCACUCCGGCGGGGGACAACGUGUUCAUGCUCAUCCGUUGCUCGGCCGAGUCGCCCCUGUUCCAGGGGUUCCCGACGAAGAACUUGCCGUGCAGAAACGUCUCCGGCAUGGGGUGCGAGGAGUACUACGGGUGCCCGGGGUGGAAUGUGGUGGCCCCGAAGAGGGUAGCGUCGACGGCCGGGCCGCCGGAGUGCUGCGCGGUGGCGUUUGAGGCAAUAAAGAGUGUGAAUUUGACGAGGCUGGAGUGCGAAGGGUACAGCAGCGCCUACAGCUUGUCGCCAGUGCGGCUUGAGGGGGCGGAGCAGUGGUCGUACGGCAUCAGGGUAAAGUACUCGUUGCAGGGGAACGAGGCGUUCUGCAGGGCCUGCGAGGCCACCGGAGGAUCGUGCGGCUAUGACACCGGCGGCGCUGUCAAUGAGGUGUGCAUUUGUGGGAGCUGGAAUUCUACUUCUAAUUGUGAUUCUUCUUCAUCAGUACACUCAACAUCAAAUACACGAAGGCCCAAUUUGAUGGGAAUAAUCGAAGGGUUUCUUGUUUGUAUGACUGUUUGGAGGCUGGGAAACCUUGGAUGAUGGAAAAUAUUCAAAGCUUCAGUUUAGGCCAGACAAUGGAAGGAAAAGGCUUCAGAAGAAUGAAUCAAAGAUGGAGAAAUAUCAUUCAGUCUACUGAAUCAUAGAUGAAGUUUGAUCACACACACACACUGUGUUUGUGUUUGCAGCUAGCCAUAGUCAAUCGCUUCCAAUUUUGAUAUGUACUUUUCUACUAUGAUUCUCCUUGUGAUCUGGUUUCGUUUUUGUUUUUUGUUUCAAGUAAAACCCUUAAAAUACCAA